AUGUCCAAGGAUCAAGCCCCAGACAGCAGUGGUGGUGAAGAGGCACAGGAGCUUUGUGCCAUUCCAUUGCUGACGAGGGACGGUCGGGUAGUUCACCCUCAGCCCACCAGGGAUGCUCAUGACCCCCUGAACUGGUCUCCCAUGCGUAGGCGCAUGAUACUCGGCAUUGUAAUGUGGAUGUACUUCUUGUUCGCGUAUCUCAACACAAGCCCAAUCCCUUUGUACUCGCAGACGGAGCAACGAUUUGGCGUGGGGUAUCAGGAGACAAGCUGGAGUGUAGCACUUCCCUCGGUGGGGUUUGCCUUGGGACCGCUUCUGCUGUGUCCGAUUGCCGACAUUUAUGGUCGGCGCAUUGUGUUCAUUGGAGGCUCGUUGGUGGCUCUCGUGGCCACCAUCGGCCUCGCGACAACCACCAGUUUUGAGGGCUACCUGGUAGCCCGGGUGUUUCAAGGGAUUGGGGUGAGCCCAUCUUCGGCAACGGGCCUAGCAAUCAUCGGGGACUUAUUCUUUGAUUACGAGCGCGGUCAAAAGAUGGGACUGUGGGUACUGGCCAUAGAUACUGGGUUUCUCAUGGGCGCCAUGUUUAGGGGGAUCAUUGACCUCGCCGGCGAGAAAUGGGUGUACUGGCUGAAUGCCAUCUUGCUGGGCAUUCUCUUCCUGUUGGUGCUUCUCUGUCUCCCCGAGACGCUCUAUCCCCGCCACCUGAUGCUGCACCAACUGCCCAUGAUUUGUGAGGGUACCGGACAGUCCGGUGCGAGAAGCCAGAAGAAUGAGCCUGGUCCUUCCCCUCCUGUCCUGCCCGUCGAGCUCCGCCGAACCAGAGACCUUCCUUUCUUCAACCUCACGCCGGUCCCAGGAAUCCGUCAUCUCAGACCAUGGGAGACGCUGGUCCGGUUCGCCAUUAUCUUUCGAGUGGCGGCCUUCACUAUCCCAUUGUUCAGCUUCUGCCUGCUAGUCUACUGGUGGAAUCCCGCCGCCCUCACCAUGAUCCCGGCUGCAUAUCCCGAAUAUCCACCCGUGAUCCAGGGGCUGUUCUUCACCGGCUUCCUGGUCGGAAUGAUCUUCGCCGAGACUUUCUGCUCGGGCCGACUCAGCGACCACAUUUGUGCCAAGCUGAUGGCCAAGAACGACAAUGUUCACGUGGCCAAGAACGACAAUGUUCACGUGGCCGAGAUGCGCCUAUGGCUGGUGUAUCCAUCCUGCUUGUUAGCUUCCGGAGGACUUUGUCUCUGGGGGAUCAGUGUAGAUCGAGGAUAUCACUGGAUGGUGGGUCAAGUCGCCUUCUUCUUAUUUGCCGUGGGCUUCCAGACGAGCAGCACGGUGCUGGUUGCCUAUCUGGUCGAUUCUUAUCCCCUGCAGUCGACUGCUGUCAUCAUCUCCUACUCGGUGGUGCUGAACAUAUCGGAAUUUGCGAGCCCUUUCUUUCUGCCAACGUGGGAAGCGGCCCAGGGUUGGACGUGGACCUAUGCGACUCAGGCGCUGAUCGUGAGCGUUGCCGCACUGCCGGUAUUCUGUUUGACCCAUAUCUACGGUCCGUGGCUUCGAUCGAAAUCCUACCAGCCGUACUGGGUGAAUGUGGAGUUGGAUACCACCGGGGUCCCGACUUAG